AUGAAAAGCGGCGGCUCGAGCGCGGCGUUAUCCAAAUUAAAAAGCUCCACAUCAGGGUUAGGGGCGGACCCGGGAGGGGGAACAGGGCCGCCGCCAGCGCGGCGGCUGAAGCUGAAAGAGUUUCUGACGAUCACGAACAGCUUCGACGAGAACGGCGUUCUAGGGGAGGGCAGCUUCGGCAAGGUGUACCGCGGCGUGUGGGAGGAGACGCCGGCGGGGCGAGGCGGGGGGGGCGAGGUGGUGCGCACGCAGGUGGCGGUGAAGAAGCUCAACCCGGAGAGCUUCCAGGGCUACGAGGAGUGGCUGGUGCGCCCCCCCCCCCCCUCCCUCUCGCGCGCACCCCGCGCUCCCCGCUUUGUCGCGCACGCCCUUCCCCGUUGCUAUGCCCCUUACUCUGCGCUCUCGUUUUUGCCACGCGUCUGCAUGGUCGCGGAGGUGCUGCUACUGGACAAGCUGCGGCACCCGAACCUGGUGCGGCUGGUGGGGUACUGCGCGGAGAAGGGCGAGGCGCUGCUGAUGUACGAGCUCUGCCCCAACGGCUCGCUCGACGACGUCCUCUUCGAACCGGAGGAGUACGUGUUGUCGUGGGAGCAGCGCGUGCGCAUAGCGCUGGACGCGGCGAAGGGGUUGGCGUAUCUGCACGAGAGCAACAUCAUCCAUCGCGACUUCAAGGCCUCCAACAUCCUGCUCGCCGAGGACUACUCGGCGCGGUUGACGGACUUUGGCAUGGCGCGGGCAGGGCCGGACGGCGGGGAGACGCACAUCUCGACGCGAGUCAUGGGCACGCUGGGCUACCUCGACCCCACUUACAUGGAAACCGGGCGGUUGACGAAGAAGAGCGACGUGUACGCGUUUGGAGUGCUGCUGCUGGAGCUGCUGACGGGGCGGCGCACAACCGGCGAGAGCGGCAACGACAGCCUGACGACGUGGAUCCGGCCGUUCCUGUCGCAGCGGCGGCCGGACCUGAACCUGCUGGUGGACCCGCAGCUGAAGGGCGAGUUCAGCAAGGCGGGUGCGGUGAAGAUGGCCAUCCUGGGCAAGCACUGCAUCCACGACGACCCCGGCCUGCGCCCUGACAUGACCACCCUCGCAGAGAACCUCGAGCUCGUUGACAUCAAGGACCCUGCGCCGCCGCCCCAGGCUGGAUGA